CUAUCUGCCAAGUUUAUCUUGACACCCUUUAUCAAGGUUCGGCGUUUUCUUGCCCCCUGAGUGGUAGUUGAUCAUUCUUCAUGCCUUCAUGAGGUUUCAGAGACUGGGGUUUCGAUUAACUAGGUCAGAUGGGUUAAGCUGUACUAAUAUCUUAUUUCGCGAUCUGUGUUUUCCGUGUCGUUGGCUUCUGAACGAGGUUCUCCUGUCCUUUUAGCUGAGGUGUUGGCGAUUUCGGCGGCGGUCUUCGUAUCAAGCCACUAAGAUGUUACAGCCCACCUACCGUGGGCGACUGGCCGAAAUAUCUCUGCUUCUGCAUCAUCUUCAAAACGUGUCGGGUUGACUUUCACGGUCCGCUCUCUGAGCUUCAUCUUGCAAUUUUCACUAUCUACUAGACUAUUUCAUCUACUGGCCCCGACGGCCACUAUUUCAAACCGCUCACCAUGGCGACUUCAGGCGAGCUACAGUCUCGAAAUGAGGCACAGUCUGUAACAGUGCCACAACCGGUACUAACACCAAGACUGCCCCUCGACAUCCUCUAUCACAUCGGAUCUCUUCUGGCUGCCGAGAUCGUCACUGAACAUGAGCACCAAAUAGACAGCAACAGUUCGUGCGACUGCUGCAUGGACAAGGCGUCAGCUACUCUCUCCAGACUGACAUAUACCUCCAAAGCCACCAGGGAUGUCUUGGAACCCUUGCUCUAUCGGAAUCUCAUCUUGACUACUCCCCAGGAUGUCACAAACAUAUUCAUCAAUCUCAUCCAAAGACCUGAACUUCGCCAAUUUGUUCAGUACAUUCUUUGCUAUGCUGAUUUGGUGGGAUCACGGGUCAGGAAACUCGAAAUGCCCGAAUGCAAGAAGAUUUGGUCAAAGCGAUGUCCUUCUGACAAACCUGCUCUGAUGCGUCUUCUCGAUGGCGCUGGUCUUCACAAACUCGCUUGGUCGGCUUGUAUGCUUGAGCGAACAAAACAGCGGUUUAUGUUUUCUCCCGAUUUCAAGCAUGAUGGCAUUCUGGAACUGCUGUUUGCCUCUAUUCUCUUCUUGUCGCCAAACGUCACUAGUUUUACCUGGCGAGAUUGCAACAACAAUCCAAAGGCUUUCAUACUGGAUCACAUCAUGUGCAAAGCGGUACAUGAUGGACUCCCUCUCAUGCCCAAGCUGCAGAAACUUAGCACCGAAAAGGCGGAGUUUGAGGAGAGCAAGCAAGCACAAUUCUUCACCCCGCACAUCAACCUGUGGGAGAAUCUGUACACCCUACAACUCAACGACAUCGACUUGGAUAUGGAGUUUGUUUUGAUGCUUUUUAAUGGAAGUUUCAAGGAGAACCGGCCCGUGAGAGAACUUAUCGUCCGCUGUGUAGCUGGCUCAGAGCGACCAGAGAGCUUGACUUCGUUCCCACCAGGUUUCGAACUGGCAUCGACAAUGCUUCUGGGGGACAAGAAUCUCGAUACUUACAAGGACCAGUUCAAAGCCUUCCCUAACCUCAACCUUCUCGAUGUCACUUUUGUCUUUCACAGAGGACGCAUGGAAGAAGGUUCACUCACUUUGAAGGCUUUCCUACACGCCGUUGGAUCACCCGAGCGCCUAUGCCUGAACGGCCAUCCUCUACCGACUUCAACCCUAGACACUGGUGUCACACACUCGAGACUCAAGUACCUCAAGGUCCGAGAAUUUCAGUCAAACGCCCCUGCAAAGACGACAUCCAAGGAUAACCUCAUCGCUGGGCUCAACCAAUUCUGGAGCAAGAAGUCCAUGAUUGUGCCGAACCUUGAGGAGAUUGACUGGGAUCACUACAAGUUCAAGAGAAUAGACAUGGAGAGCGAAGAUAAAGCUGUCUGGGAACUUGUUGGAGAAGAGGAGUGGGAAGAUGAUUCGGGAUCUGAUGAGGACGAUGAUGAAGACGAUGAGGCGCUUUGGUACUCUAUGGGACGGGGUGAUAUAGAUGCAUUUGUAGAGGAUGUAAUGGAUGUAGAAGACAUAUGGGAUGCCUGGGGACCUUAGAGCGGGAUCCGGUACUUCUGAAGAUUUUGUGAUCUACAUCUACGCGCUCACGGAGAGACAGACGGUUAGCAAAUUAGACAGGUUACUAUUGGUCAUCUAGAAGACACAAUCCAUUAAGAAUUUCCGCUAUCUGUGAGAUCUUGGC